UAUUGUUAAAACAUUGUUCCGGUAUGUCUAUAAGAACAGGCAAACUACUUGAACCAAAUAUGGCUAUAAGUGUUUAAGAAGAGUUUUAUGACCCAGAGAAAUACCUCUGGAGACAGAUUUGAUGUAUAAGAGCAAGGAUUACUGGAUAGGCCAUAGACACCAUAUACAAGUCAGAGCAAAACACUGAGAGGCUGAUCAUUGUGCAGAGGAUAAUUCCCAAUGGAUUCGACAGAGAAAGCCAUUGAUCUGGUGACUAAAGCCACAGAAGAGGACAAGAAUAAGAACUAUGAAGAGGCGCUGCGAUUGUACCAGCAUGCAGUGGAGUACUUUCUUCACGCCAUUAAAUAUGAGGCUCACAGUGACAAGGCGAAAGAGAGCAUUCGAGCCAAGUGCAUGCAAUAUCUGGACAGGGCGGAAAAACUGAAGGACUAUCUGAAGACAAAGGACAAGCAAAGCAGGAAACCGGUGAAGGAAUCACAGAAUGAGAAAGGAAGUGACAGUGACAGUGAGGGGGACAAUCCGGAGACAAAGAAGCUGCAGGAACAGUUGAUGGGUGCCAUUGUUAUGGAAAAGCCAAACGUUCGAUGGAACGACGUGGCCGGUUUAGAAGGAGCAAAGGAAGCGCUAAAAGAGGCCGUGAUCUUACCCAUCAAGUUUCCCCAUCUCUUCACAGGUAAACGAACCCCGUGGCGGGGUAUCCUGCUCUUUGGACCUCCUGGAACAGGGAAAUCCUACUUGGCCAAAGCUGUAGCAACAGAAGCGAAUAACUCGACCUUCUUCUCUGUGUCCUCUUCUGAUCUGAUGUCUAAAUGGUUGGGAGAGAGUGAGAAGCUAGUGAAGAACCUUUUUGAGUUGGCAAGACAACACAAACCAUCCAUUAUAUUCAUUGAUGAAGUUGACUCGCUGUGUGGCUCUCGAAAUGAGAAUGAGAGUGAAGCUGCCCGCAGGAUAAAAACAGAGUUCUUGGUGCAAAUGCAGGGUGUUGGGAAUAAUAAUGAUGGAAUUUUGGUCCUCGGAGCCACUAACAUACCCUGGGUUCUGGAUUCCGCUAUUCGGAGAAGGUUUGAGAAGCGAAUAUAUAUCCCACUACCUGAGGAAGCUGCCCGAGCACAAAUGUUCCGACUCCACCUGGGAAAUACUCCACACAGUUUGAGUGAAGUAGAUGUGCGUGAGCUUGCCAGGAAGACAGACGGUUAUUCUGGCGCAGAUAUCAGUAUCAUUGUGAGAGAUGCCCUAAUGCAGCCUGUUCGUAAAGUGCAAUCCGCCACACACUUCAAGAAGAUUCGGGGUCCAUCACGCACUAAUCCCGGGGUCACCGUAGAUGACCUUUUAACACCCUGCUCUCCUGGAGAUCCUGGGGCUAUAGAGAUGACAUGGAUGGAAGUGCCCAGUGACAAACUACUGGAGCCAGUUGUCUGCAUGUCUGACAUGCUUCGUUCACUGGCCACCACACGCCCGACCGUGAAUUCCGACGAUCUGCUAAAAGUGAAGAAAUUUUCAGAGGACUUUGGACAAGACGGAUGAGGAGCCGUGUGCAACAUGAAUUGGGGGCAUGCCUUUUUGGACACCGUGUUUGCUUGCUUAAUUCUAAAAGUGCCCCCCCUGCUGGCAACAAAGCAGGAAUCUGGUGGCGCUGGAGAACCUACAUCCAGGACUUUUACCCUAGCUCAGCGGCACAGCGCAGCCUGGGCGCAUCCAAUCACCUUUAAUAUGCUUCUGUCUCUGAGGUUUACGUACUUUUUGCCAUCAGUCACCAACCCUGACUUGGCUGCCUACCCUCCCCUUUCAAAAUGACAGAAUCUCCCUCGCCCCCAACCUCCAAGGAAAACUGAAUCAUUUUAAUUGACAUUCUGUAACAUGACCAUUUCCCAGCCGUGCUCUUCUGUAAUCCCACUGGGAGUAUGUAAGGUGCGUGCGGUUGUCUGCACGCCCACCAGUCCUAUUUACCCCACGCCGGUACCUGCUAUAUGCAUUACUGGGGAUGAGUGUUCAGUUGUGUAAAUAUAUUCUAUUUCUUUGAAUUGA